AUGUUCGACGCAACGAUUAAGAAUGCAACAAAUAUUUUUUCAAGAAAGCCUGAAGUUUUGAAACAACUUCCAACCGUUCAACGACCUGGUUCGAUUAUUAAAGAAUUUUCUUUAAAUACCUCAACACAUGGUUUACCUGGUAUUGCACGUAGUCAAAGUAUACCAAAUCGUAUAUUUUGGUCUGUUUCAACACUUAUAUUUACCGGUGUAAUGAUUUAUUUUAUUGUUCAAGCUAUUCAUGCAUAUUUCGAAUAUCCUACACAAACAUCUGUAUCGACUAUGUUUGAAUGGCCUCAAGCUUUUCCAGCAGUGACUAUUUGUAAUUAUUCUCCAAUACAAUAUAAUAAAUUUAUUGGUCCUUUUUUAAACUAUACAAAUUCAUUGAAUUUAACAAAUACAACAGAUACAACUAAGUUUACUUACACACAAUCUUUAUAUGUUGCUGAUUUUAUAAAUUAUAAACUUAAUCAUGAAGAUUCUUUGAAAGAGUUUUUUUAUCCACUUGAGACAAUGAUGAUUAGCUGUGAAUACAAUGGAAUAACGUGUUCAGUGGCUAAUUUUACUUGGUUUUUAACGCCAUCAUAUGGUACUUGUUAUACAUUCAAUGCGAAAUUAAAAAAUGCCGUCAAUGGUGGUAUACGAUAUAACGCUGAUAAUGGAAGAAUGGGUAUAUUUAAAUUACAACUCUAUGCACAUCGGCAUCAAUAUGUACCCUACUUAUCAAAUGCUACUGGUAUGGUAGCAUUAGUUCAUGACAAUGCACAAGUCCCUGAUGUGGAAAUGUCAGUACUUUAUCUCUCACCUGGACGACAUCACAGAUUGAGCUUUGCAAAAAAAAUUAAUACUUUUUUGUCGGCACCUUACACAACAUGCAAUGAUAAAGUUACUCUUGGACUACAAGCUAUGUUCGAUGAAUAUCACGGCCCUGAUUAUGGAUAUUCACGAAAUCAAUGCUUUUUUGCCUGCAUACAAGCAUAUACUUAUCAAACCUGUGAGUGUGGAAAUCCUUUUCUUUGGGCUAUUCGUUCCGUUGCACUUCUAGGUGCUGAUAAAACAACUAAUAUAUCAUUUUGUAAUAUAACAAAUCCAUGUUACAAUGAAGCAAGAACAAAUUUUAUGAAUAUAAAAUCUAUUUGGAGUACUAAUUGUCCUGAUUGUAUGCCAGAAUGUUCUUAUACUGAUUUCAUUAUUGAAUCAACAUCACUUCUGGCACCACCUGAGUUUCUAUUGGAUAGUAUAAAAAAGUUUGUUGAAUCAUCAAAUAUUUCUGUAUCUGCAAACUGGUCAACAUCAAUGGCUUCAGAAAUUCAAUCUAAUUAUGUUGCUUUGGAAGUUGUUCCUGGCACGACACGAACCAAUGUCUAUACUGAACAAGCAACAAUUAGUCCAGUUGAUGUUCUUUCUAAUGUUGGCGGACAAACAGGUCUUUGGAUUGGUAUUAGUUUUCUAUCGUUGAUGGAAAUUGCUGAAAUGAUCUAUCGACUUAUACGUUAUCAAUGUCAUAAUCUUCGAAAAAUUAUACAAAAUAGAUUCAGAAUACCCGAAACUGAUAAUUUCUGA